AUUUAACAAUGGCAACCUCGAACUCUUCACCUCCGCGAUUAGGAUGGAUAGGCCUCGGCUCCAUGGGCAUUGGCAUGGCGAAGAAUCUCCAGUCCCACGUACGGUCGGCCUCAGCACCCGCUCUGCACUACUUCAACCGCACGAUCUCGCGAGGAGCCCCUUUGCAAGAAAUUGGGGGCGUGGCGUGUGCCUCCAUUGCGGAAGUGACAGAGAAGUCUGAAAUUGUUUUCAUCUCAACGAGCGACGAUGCUGCCCUCGAUGGCAUCUUAAACGCAAUGAUCGAGUCCGGCCAUGUCAAAAACAAAAUUGUCGUUGAUACUACGACCUUGAGCGAGAGCGGUGCCGAGUUCCUCGCUGCACCCGCAUUCGGCGCCUCUCCCCUCGCGGAAAGUGGUCAGCUGCUGCUCGCCCUCGCUGGUCCUCCAGCUGCUCGCGCCGCGGUGAAACCGUAUCUAGCUGGUGUAAUGGCACGGGGCAUCAUUGAGAUUGGCGACGAUGCCUCCAAAGCCACAAUGCUGAAGACGACAGGCAACUUCAUCAUCUCGGGACUGAUGGAAGUAAUCGCAGAAGCGCACGUGUUGGCCGAGAAGAGCGGGCUUGGCAGCACCGUUCUCGAAGCUCUGAUUAAAGAGAAUUUCGGCGCGCUGGCGUACUCGGAUAGCCAGCGGAUGACAACGGGAGUGUAUAUGCCUGGAGCAGGGCAGCAGCCGUUUUCGGGCUUAGAUCUCGCGUUAAAAGAUGUCGGACAUGGAAUUAGUUGUGCGAAGGAUGUGGGAGUGAGAUUGGAGGUAGGGGAGGUGGUAAUUGGGCAUUUGGAGCGGGCGAAAAAGUACUCGGAGAAGAAUAGGGGUAGGGCGAUGGACUCGAGUUCGUUGUAUGGAGUUGUGAGGCAGGAUGCGGGGUUGGAGUUUGAGACGGAGUUUGUGAAGCGGAGGGAUGAGGGUAGGGAGAGCUGAGUUGAUGUUGCAAUCAGUUCUUUUCUUUCUCAUCGGCUUCCUUCAGUAGCCUGACAAGAUUCUCUUUCUUCUCAGGGUACUUGACCUUGAUCCCUCGCUUCUGACACCAAUGGUAGAGAGGAGUAGUGUAAUAUUCCUCGUAAUCGAUUUCUCC